AUGAAUUUCAUCUCCCGGAUUAAGGAUGCCACGGGUCACUGGAUCAAGGACAGGGAGGGCAUUCGGGCAUCGGCGGCAGACUUUUUCAAAUCCUUGUUCUCCUCGGAUCGUGAAGAAAGAGCGCAGCCGCUCUUGGAUUUCCCUGUACCAAAGUUGACCCUGCUUGACAAUUCGGAUUUCCAUCAGUUACCAACUAUGGAGGAGUUAAAAGAGGCUGUUUUCUCAAUGUCACAGGAUAGUGCCCCUGGACCAGAUGGCUUUAGUUCAGGCUUCUACCAAGGUAUUGAGCCCUCCCAAAGGUGUGGUUCAGAGCUUGGAGAGAAUCUGCAGUGCUUUUCUGUGGGACAAACCCGGAAGGGUGAAGGGUAUUCGCUGGAGGUCUUGGGAGAGGGGGUGCACCCCAUAGUGGUGCAGGUUGCUAGACUUCCAAUGUCUUGGCGUCGGCUGGAGAAGGUUCGCGCUGUUGCAGAGAGCAAAAUCAGAUGGUGUCUGGGCAGGGGGUUCGUCGAUUUCUGGUUCGAUCGGUGGUUAUCGGAUCGCCCCCUGGCGGAGAUGGUGCAACUAUCCGACUACCCGCAUAUGCUGCUGGCGGAAUUCCACAGGGAGGAGGGAUGGAAGGGGGGGCGGUUGGCGAGUUGGUUGCCUCCCUAUUUGGUGCAGCAAAUCCUUCAGGUUCAGCUGUUCCCUGACCAAGACGAUGACAUGGUGUGGGGGGAUUCGUCAUCCGGAGGCUUCGCAUUAAAAACGGCUUGGGCAGCGGUUAGACAGAGGGGCAACGUGUCGUCAAUUGAUAGCCGGAUUUGGAGUGGGUUGAUUCCUUUGAAGAUUUCUUUUUUUGUUUGGAAGGUUCUACGGAGAAUGGUCCCGGUGGACACGAUUUUACAGAAUCGGGGUUUCAGUCUCGCCUCAUGCUGUGUGUGCUGCUCGGCCCACCCGGAAUCAUUGUCACAUCUUCUCAUCGAUGGUCCGGUUGCGACACAAGUGUGGGAGCAUUUCCUGAAGCGAUUUGGCAUUGUGGGUCCCAGGCCUCGCUCGGUUGCGGCUAUGUGCCUGGCGUGGUUCCUCUCGUCAUCUUGCAUGGGGCGGGAGCAUAUUAGGGUUUUACUUCCUUGCGCGGUAUUGUGGUUUUUAUGGAAGGGCCGCAACAGGGCACGAUUUGACGGGGAGACUUUCAGCGCUCGUGGGGUUAUCUGCAUGGUUGAAAAGUUUAUGGUACAGUUAGGGCGGGCAAAAAAUUUUCAAUCGGAGCACUUCAGAGGAGAUUCGGAGGAUCCAUGGAGGAGUCUUUUCUCCCCCCGCCGGAAGAAGGUUGGUGUCUUGCCGGUUUCAUGGAAGUGGCCUCCGUUUCAGUAUGUGAAGUUGAACACGGACGCGAGUGUUGUCCACGGACGGGGAGCAGGGGGUGGCUUGCUUCGGGACCAUGAAGGCAAGGUCAUUUUUGCAUUUUAUAAGGAAUUCGGGGAGACGGACGUCCUUACGGCGGAGAGUCUGGCAUUACUUCAUGGCCUCAGAUUGUGCUCAAUUGCGUUCAAGGGGAGACUCCUGGUGGAAGCAGAUUCGCUCACACUGGUCAACCUGGUUAACACAAGGCAUUUUGCUAGAUCAGGGAGUUAG